AUGGCAACGAGCUCCGCCCCGGACAUCGAUAUCGUCAUUGAAGAAAUGAGAAGGACCUCAUCCAACAGCCCAUGUGCGAGCCUUCCGCCUAGCGAUAUCGAGAGCGCACUAGAGUGGUUCGCCGGACUAGAAGAAAAUUCUAUCGACAACUUCACCCAGUUGGUGUCAAUAUUCCUGAAACAAUACUCAGUCUUCAUAGAGACCAAAGUCACCAAAGCAGACCUUUGGAAUCUCAAACAAACACCUUUCAAACCAUUAAGAGCGUACAUAAAUAAGUUCCGAGAAAUCAAGGCCAAGAUUUUGCACUCCAACGAGGUCGUCGCCCUAGCAGCAUUAAAGAAUGGAGUUUGGUUCUCAUCCAAGUUUAGGGAAGAACUGGCAGUUCGAACACCUGUAUCACUGGUUGACGCCUUACGGAGAGCCUCAUACUUCACCACCCAUGAAGAGGAGGUCGCAGCAUUAAAGGAACAAUACAGCGCGAACAAGAAUAAUACAAUCAAAAAGCCGGCGACCCCCAAAGAACCAACCACCAAGGGACAACACUGCUACUCGAUAAAUAGCUCGCCGCAGAAAUCGUCAACAUACGACCUCAGAAAAUACUGCGCCUUCCACGACCGCAAGGGCCACUCAACCGAGGAAUGCCGAGCUGCACUUCGCAAUCAAAACGAAAACAAGAAAACUAACGAAGAAGCAGGAGAAGAAGAGGAACCAGUAACUCGGAAAUAUAACCGAAAGACCAAGGUCCCAACGAACAAAAGGGAGAGGGAGAUCGAGCAGGAAUCACCAAGCUCUCCACCUCCGGCUCUGAAGAAAAGAGUCGACAUGAUUUCAUGGGGGCAGAACAGCAAAGCAACCGACGAAAUCUAG